AUGGACGUCGACACGGAGUUGUCGUCGUCCGACGCAAAUGCUGGGCGUAAACGCCCACUUGUGGGCCUCGCGCUCUUUGAUUCCGGUUCGGAUACGGAGACCGAAAUCAGAUCGGUGGCGAAACGUUACAGUGCUAGCCGGGGGAAGCUCACUUCCAAGGGACGCGGAACUGGCCUCGCUCGCGCCAAAGCCGAGCUUAAGGCAAAGGCCGCCGAGGCUAGGGAGGAGGCGUUUGAGCGCUCCUUGAGAAGUCGGGCUUUCCGUAAGGAGACGGCUGUGAUCGCGCUUGACUCUGAGGAAUCCUCUUCCUCGGAGGUCCGUAGGGAACUCAAAGAAUCUGCAUCUUCGCUCCAGUCCAUCGUAGAUGCUCUGGCAUCAAGGACCGAGGCGGAAGAGACGCGCAGGCUUCGUGCUGAUAAUGGCCGCCUGCGCAAGGAGGUGGACAGCCUCAAGGCUGAGUUAAAAGCCCACCGCCGUGAGUUUGCGGAAAUGCGGACCACGGUGGCAGUGGCAAAUGAGGCGUCCACCAGCACUGUGCGGGACACACAGGCUUUGGAGGAAUUUAAGGCCUCUAUAAUGUCGUCGGUGGGCUUUAUGAUUAAAGCUCAAAUGGAAGGAAUUCAGGACCGUCUCCUUCCAGCGAAAGUGCUCCGUCCCCCUCUGGCCGCGGACAAGAAACAGGCUGUAGUGCAGAAAACUGCACCUACAUACGCGCAAGUGGUCCAUCCGACCCCACCACCGAAACCCGCACAGGUGCCGAAACGGGUGCCUGCAGUCGAGUCAGUCCCGCUGGCACCGACUACGUGCCCAUCAGCCACCCCUACCACGUCGGAGUCCCAACCACGGGAGGCCCAGAAAACAUCAUGGUCCACCGUGGUUAAAAAGGGGAGAAAGAAGAAAAAGGCUUCCCCCUCGGCCACAGCGUCCGCCACAAUACCAUCAACAGUGGCGAAGGCUCCGCCGGUGGCCAAACCGAGGCUGGUUGCUCCUCGCAGGGCUGCAGUAAUGGUCACUCUGCAGCCGGAUGCGCAGGAGAAGGGCGUUACAUACGCUCACAUCCUGGAGCGCGUGGAGCAGGGCGUUAAGCUUCAGGAUAUUGGAAUCUGUGGCGGCCUUAGGGUCCGACGAUCGGCGACGGGAGCCAGACUCCUCGAGCUGCCGAAAGCACAGGCGGAGCAGGCGGAUAAGCUUGCUGAGAAGCUCCGCACUGUGUUGGAUGGAGUCGCAAGCGUCGUUCGACCUGUAAAGCGAGUGGACCUUAAGGUGACGGGAUUGGAUGAUUCCGUCACCAAAGAUAAAUUGGUCGCUGCAGUUGCUCGUGCAGGGAACUGCUCCCCUGACUCAGUCAGAUGCGGAGUGUUGCAGCGUGGUCCCGGAUAUAUGGGAAUAGUCCGCGUCACCUGUCCUCUCACAGCGGCGAAGAAGAUAUCAGAUGCCGGUCGCCUCCUCGUAGGGUGGAGCUCGGCCAAGGUAUGCGUAUUGGAGCAGCGCCCUUUGCGCUGCUUCAAGUGUAUGGGCUUUGGCCACACGAAGGUGCUUUGCCCAUACAAAACGGAACGGGGGGGUCUAUGCUUCCGGUGUGGCGUAGAUGGCCACAAGUCGGCGGGCUGUACCGAGAAACUGCGCUGUGCUGUGUGCGCAGACGCUGGCAAGCCCUCUGGGCACGUGAUGGGAUCAGGGGAGUGCAACCCCCCCAUCACAAAGGGUACGGUGGUCUUAGGCACCCAGACUACCACCAAUGUCGGACGGCGCCAGGCCGAGGAGGAAGCUUCAAUAUCAACAUGA